AUGUUCUCUGGCCACCGCGCUGCUAUUUUCUCUACCAGAGCCAUCAAGUUUCAGCCCUCACCGGCCGUUUUUCUGCGCCCCUCAUCGACUCCCACACUACCCCGCCAGUCUCUCUUCCGAGCGAUGUCGGCCACCACGGCUCGUCCCGACCCUUUCAAACCGGCCGCCAGAGUCGCUGGCCAGAGACAGGAUGUCUGGUCCAUUGUCAAUGAGGCCGCCGCUGCCUCCCCCGUCCAGCCCAUCGUGAACAUGGGACAGGGUUUCUUUGGCUAUAACCCUCCCAAGUUCGCCCUGGAUGCCGCCAAGGAGGCCCUUGACCGUGUCGACUGCAACCAAUACUCCCCCACCAAGGGACGCCCGCGUCUGAAGAAAGCUAUCGCCGAUGCCUACUCGCCUUCCUUUGGCCGGGCUCUCAACCCGGACACCGAGGUUACCAUCACCACGGGUGCAAAUGAAGGUAUGCUGAGUGCCUUCAUGGGAUUCAUCGAGCCCGGCGACGAGGUGAUCAUCUUCGAGCCCUUCUUCGACCAGUACAUUAGCAACAUCGAGAUGCCCGGUGGAAAGAUCCGCUACGUUCCUCUUCACCCUCCCAAGGAUGGCGCGACGAGGACUUCCCCCGCCUCCGAGUGGACGAUAGACUUUGAGGAGUUGGAGAACACCAUCAACGACAAGACGAAGAUGAUUGUCCUGAACUCUCCUCACAACCCCGUUGGCAAGGUCUUCUCGCGCGCUGAGCUGGAGCGCAUCGGAGAGAUUUGCGUGAAGCACAACCUGAUCAUCCUUUCCGACGAAGUCUACGACCGCCUCUACUACGUUCCUUUCACCAGAAUCGCUACCCUGUCUCCCGAGCUCUACGAGCGCACUCUCACCGUCGGCUCUGCAGGCAAGGCCUUUUACGCCACUGGCUGGCGAGUAGGAUACCUCAUCGGCCCCGAGCACUUGAUCAAGUACGUGGCCGGCGCGCACACCCGCAUCUGCUACAGCAGUGUGUCUCCCCUCCAGGAGGCUGCCGCCGUUGCCUUCGAGCAGGCGGACAAGGUCGGUUUCUGGGACGAGAGCCGGGCUGAGAUGAAGAAGAAGAUGGAGCGUUUCUGCGAAGUCUUUGACGAACUCAAGAUCCCCUACUCGGACCCCGAGGGAGGCUACUUCGUUCUUGCCAAUAUGUCUUCCGUGAAGCUUCCUGAGGACUACCCAUUCCCUCCUCACGUCGCCAGCCGUCCUCGUGACUUCAAGCUGUGCUGGUUCCUGAUCCACGAAGUCGGUGUGGCAGCCAUCCCUCCCACCGAGUUCUACACCGACGCCAAUGCGCACAUCGCCGAGGACUAUCUCCGCUUCGCUGUCUGCAAGAACGACGACGUGUUGGAGACGGCCAAGGAGAGGCUGCGCGGUCUGAAGAAGUAUAUCGCAUGA